AUGAAUUUUUUACAAGAAAAAUAAAUUUAAGAGCCUUAAGAAACUGUUUGUAAAACUCACAACCUGGAAUUUCUAGCUGUUGACUUGAACAUGUCUGAUAAAUCAGAAAUUACAUUCUUUUGUGGUAAAUGUUUAGUGGAUAAACUAAAUAAUAAUAAUGUUAUAACUAUUUAGCAAUCAAAAGAAAGAAUCAAACAUGUCAAGACUUAAUAACAAGAAAUAAAAACUAAAGAAAAUCAAAUACGACUUAAGUAUUUUUAAAAUAUCUUAGACAAAAUAAUGGACUUUAAACGAUCUAUUGAUGAUUCUCUAGAAAAAAUGUAUAAACAAAUAUAAUAAUAUAUAUUUCCAAUUUAAAAAGAGAAAUCAGAAUAACUUGAAUUCUAAUAGUAAUUGAAUUACUAUUAUCAGAAUUAUAUUCAUCAGAUCAAUAAAAAUUAACUAAAUUAAUUGAAAAUGAUAAUUUUAUAGAUAAAAUAAUGAGAUAAUUUGAAUUAUUAUUUAAUAAUGCAGAAUAUUUUUAGUCUUUAGAUACAUUAAAGAACACAAAAUAAACAAUUCAAGAUUUUUAGGAAAAUAAUGUUAUUGAGUUACCACCAUUAUUGAUCACCAAAACUGAAUCAGUAAUAUAAAAUCUUUCAAUUAUUAGAAAACACCAAGUUUAAAUAAAAUUUGCCCAAACCAUAAAAAAGAAAUUAAAAUGAUAGAUAUGGACUCAUAGAAUAAGAAAAUUGAAUAUAGAUUUGUAUGUGUUGAUUGUAUAGCAGAGAAUCCAUCAAUUAAAUAUCAAACAAUCGAAAAUGUGAAUAAAUAAUGGAGAUAUUACAAUUAAGAAUCUGAUAACAUGUUAUCAGAGUAUAAAAAGGAAAAAAACGCUAAAAAGUGUGGUUUAUUCAAUUUAAUUGCUGAUAUGAGAAAAAAUUACAACAAAAAGUUGGAUGAAAUUAACGAGAAAUUAAUGGCGGAAUAAUACUCUUCAACCGAAAGAAGCAAAGAAUCAAAUCAAAGAAGAAACAUUUCAAUUUAAGCGUUAGAAGAUGAAUAAUUACAAAAAGAUUUAAAAUAAAUAAUUAAUAAAGAAAGGGUGACUUAAAAUUAAACAAUUAAAAGUUUGAAAAACAAAGAUUCAAUUUUUACAAAAGAAAUUGAAAAUCAUUUACUAUCGUUGAAAUAUUACGAUUAAUAAAUUAUCUAAUAAUCAUUAGAUAUACUAAAAGAAAUAUCAAGUAUUAAUUUAUACAUCUUACAUUAGUUGAAAGAAAUCUCAUCUGUUAAUUAUCAGAAUUUAUUUCAUAAUUUUCUAAAUAUGCAGAAAAAAAAGA